AUGGCACAGCUUGACCUCACCUCGCAUCACGUCAACUAUCUAAUAUGGAGGUAUCUCCAGGAGUCAGGUCACGGCGAGGCCGCCGUCUCUCUGCAGCGCGCGUGGUUUCCUGACCCGCAGAGCCUCCCCUUCGCGCCUUACAUCAAAACCCACGCCCUGGUAUCGUUGGUCCAAAAGGGUCUACAGUACCGUGAAUUAGAAUCCUCGAUUGAUAAGGAGGGCAACACCAUUCCCGCCCCGCCAUCCGAGUAUUUUUUCGGACCGGAGCCCUUUGAACCAACCUCUCUGAAAACCCCCGAGAGACCCCCCGGGAGACGCGCCGUCAACGGUCAUGUAGCCGAGGCCCCCAUUCCCGGCAAGAAGGUCCGCAUCGACCGUGAUGCCAAUGGCGAUGAAUCUAUGGAUCAGGAUGUCUCCCACGAAGCAAACGAGAGCAAGCCCGACACGCCUGUCCCGGAACAGAUUGAUGGCGACGGCGACGUGAGCAUGGAGGCCGAUGAAGUGCCUCCUGAGCCCACCUUCACCCUGACUAGCGGCAGCAGCAUCGGCGUCCAAAUGACCCCAGCCAAGGCGGCCGACCUGGCCCCGGACACCACCCUACUCGAUGUGGCUGAUGAUCAUGUGACCCGGACCCUGUGGCGGCCGCGGGAUCCCACUGUCGUUGUGACCGCCGGCGACACGUUCUGCAGCCUGUGGAAGCUGUCGCUGUCCUCUGCGCCUGUGCCCAAGAGCUUGAUCAGUUUCAAAGGCGGCGAUUCUUGUGUUUCGGCUGUCGCCUGGGAUGCAGUCGGGGAGAAACUGGCCGUCGCGACAUACAGCGAACUGCGCGGCGCCAUCACCAUGUACGAUGUCAAUGGCGACGCUGUGGACUUGUUACCUGAACUACCACGGAUGAUCACCGGCUUGCAUUGGGCCCCCGAUGGCUCACAACUGAUCGUUGUUGCUUCGGACAACAGGACCUCGGAGCUGGCCCUGUGGGACGACACCCACCGACCUGACGUCUACCCGCCGCCCCAGCGCAUCAACAGCCCCGUGUACGAUCUUGCUUGGUGUGGUCGGAAUCAAGUCUUUGCCUGUGGGAAUGGAUCUGUCUAUCAGUGCGAGGUCGACCAGAGCAUCCGACUGACCAACACCUUCACAUCUGGUGCCAGCAAUGCCGCCUGGGAAUUCAUUCGUUGUGUCCAAACGCCUUCCGCUUCGGUCGCAGUAGCGGCGUGCUCUGAAACAGCUUCAAUUUGGAUUCCGACUCAUGACAUGCACAUCGACAAAGCUCACCAGGGAGAGAUCACCGCAAUCGAGAUUCGUCCUCAGGAACAGACCUCGCGACGGAAUUCGUCGAUCGUUCUCGCCUCCUACUCAACCGACGACAGUGUCAAAGUCUGGCAGGUCGAUCUGGAGGCCAAGCAAUUCGGGUGCCUCCACCGACUGUUCUUGGGCCCGUCGACUCCUGCUCUUGCGGGUGGUUUCUCCCCCGAUGGAUACGCUCUUGGUGCUGUGAGCAAGGAUCGUUUGUUCAUCUGGAAUGUCGAGCGUGGGGGUAAUGCCAUGGCGACUUGGUCAGCACCGGCCUCAAGCGAAGUCAAGAAAGAGGAAACCGACCGUGCGACGAAUGGACAGAACGGCCACUCUGGCGCCGUCAGUGAUCGCGCGCUUUCGUGGGAUGCUGAUGGAAAACGACUUGCCUACGGCUUUGGACACCAGAUGGCGAUUGUGAAUCUGCAACGGUGA